GUGCCCCACAGGUCCAUGCUGCAGCCUGAGUCCUCCCCAGGGCUGCGAGGCCAGGGCCCCUGGUUUGGCCUCCUGCCUGUGCUCCUGGCUUUCCUUGGCAUUGCCUGCGCAGAGGUACAGCCACCUCAGUCACCGGAGCAGACUCCAAUGCCUGGAGCCCUUAGCAGGAAGGAGCGUUUCUUUCUCCUCUCCCUACACAACCGCCUGCGCAGCCGGGUCCAGCCCCCUGCAGCCAACAUGCAGAGAAUGGACUGGAGUGAGAGCCUGGCCCAAAUGGCUCAAGCCAAGGCAGCCCUGUGUGGCACCCCAGCCCCAAGCCUGGCAUCUGCCCCAGGGCGUGAGUCACAAGUAGGCUGGAAUGUGCAGCUGCUGCCCACAGGCACAGUGUCCUUUGUUGAAGUGGUCAGCCUCUGGUUUGCAGAGGGACAGCAGUAUAACCACGCGGCCGCUGAGUGUGCCCGCAAUGCCACCUGCACUCACUAUACUCAGCUCGUGUGGGCCACUUCAAGCCAGCUGGGCUGUGGGUGGCAUCUGUGCUCUGUGGGCCAAGCAGCGAUGGAAGCCUUUGUCUGUGCCUACUUCCCUGGAGGCAACUGGGAGUUAGAUGGGAAGACAAUCACCCCCUAUAAGAAGGGCACCUGGUGUUCGCUCUGCACAGCCAGCGUCUCAGGCUGCUUCAAGGCCUGGGACCACACAGGGGGGCUCUGUGAGGUCCCUAGGAACCCAUGUCGCAUGAGCUGCCGGAACCAUGGACAUCUGAACAUUAGUACAUGCCACUGCCACUGCCCCCCUGGCUAUACAGGCAGAUACUGCCAAGUGAGGUGCAGCAUGCAGUGCGUGCAUGGCCACUUUCGGGAAGAAAAGUGCUCUUGCAUCUGCGAUGUUGGCUACGGAGGAGCCCAGUGUGCUGCCAAAGUGCAUUUUCCUUACCACACCUGUGACCUGAGGAUCGAUGGAGACUGCUUCAUGGUGUCAUCAGAGGCAGAUACCUAUUAUGGAGCCAAGAUGAAAUGCAAGGGAAAGGGAGGGGUGCUAGCCCAGAUUGAGAGCCAGAAAGUACAGGACAUCCUCGCCUUCUACCUGGGCCGCCUGGAGAGCACCAACGAGGUGACCAACAGUGACUUUGAGACCAGGAAUUUCUGGAUUGGGCUCACCUACAAGACAGCUAAAGAUUCUUUCCGCUGGACAACUGGGGAGCACCAGUCCUUUACCAGUUUUGCUUUUGGGCAGCCUGACAACCAGGGGUUUGGCAACUGCGUGGAGCUGCAGGCAUCUGCUGCUUUCAACUGGAAUGACCAACGCUGUAAAACUCGAAACCGUUAUAUCUGCCAGUUUGCUCAGGAGCACAUUUCCCGGUGGGACCCAGGGCCUUCAGCUUGGUCAGGAAGCUCUCCUGCCAGCCCUGGGGCACACUGA